AUGGUCGCCAUUUUGGACACUCCGGAGAAAAGCACAAACCUUUACGCUGUUGUGUAUGAACUGAUCCCGGUUUCAUUCCGGCGAUCUUACCAGGAAAUACUUCAGAGGAUAUUGUCACAAAAAGGGGAUAUACAACUGCAGAAGACUAUACAUGAAAAUAUUCCCAAUUUUACAUCUGAGGAUAAUUCUGUUCUUACCAAUCGUGUUGAGGAUUCUAAUACCAUCGCUCUCGAAAAAGUAAUACACUUGGACAGGUCUUCCAAAGAUGGUGCCAGUCUUGGUUUUCGACUUUGCUAUAGUGACGUUUGUGGAAGUGGGUUCUUUAUAAACAGCUUGGAGCCAGGAUUUGCAGAAUGGUCAGGUUUGGAGAUUGGUGAUGAAUUUGUAGCGGUCAACGAUAUCUCUGUACACAACUGGCAGAUGACCGCUGACCAGCUUCUCAAUGUUGUGGUCAUGCAGAGGCAACAGAGAGCAGGAGUGGACAUCCUUUUCCAAAGGCUUAUGUUUAAUCCGCAAAAAUUAACCAUUGACAGUUCGUGCUUAAUUCAGGAUGUUUCCUGGUAUGAUAUUGCUGACAUGACAUUCCAUCGAAAACACAAGCCAAAAUGGCCGUCGCAUUUGCGACAUACUCGGAUGAAGAUGAAAGAUUCAACCACUGGUAGAAUGGGACUCAAUAUCAGGGGAGGAAGAGAAUUUAGCUGCGGCAUUUAUAUUUCAAAAAUAGAGAGAGGAGGCCUUGCCGAGAGAUGCGGACUGAGGGUCGGAGACCAAAUUCUAUCUGUAAAUGGGGUCAGCCUGAGUGAUGUUCCGUACCGGGUGGCGUGUCGACAUAUGGCGUAUGAAGAUACAAUGGACUUCGUUGUACGGUACUCGGGACAGUUUCCGAUUUAUAUAAAUACGACUCAAAAUCGAGCCACAAGCAUAAAAUCAAAAGGUAAGUCAAUAUCCAGGUAA